CACCCGCAAGUUCCGCCCAGCAAUGUGCCCCCACCUGUGCCCAGCAGUGCACCCACCUGUGCCACUCUGCAGUGCCACCUACCUGUGCCCAGAAGUGCCACCUACAUGUGCCCAGCAGUGCCACCCACCUGUGCCCACCCACCUGUGCCCACCAGUGCCACCCACCUGUGCCCACCAGUGCCACCCACCUGUGCCCACCCACCAGUGCUGCCCACCAGUGCCACCCACCAGUGCAGCCCAGCAGUGCUGCCAGUCAGUGCCACCAGUCAGUGCCCAGGGGUUGUGCCAGUCAGUGCCACCAGUCAGUGCCCAGAAGUGAUGCCAGUCAGUGCCGUCUA